AUGAUUAUUUCAUGUAUUAUUCAUUUCAUAUGUAUUUUAUUUAUAUUUUUUAAAAUUAAACAACAAAAACAAAAAUGGUAUCAAAAAUUAUUUAUACAUAAAGAUAUAUUUAUACCAUCCAUAUUUAUUAUUUUAUGUUUAUGUCCAUAUAUUAUAUUUCGAUAUUUAUUAAAUCAAUUUUAUAUUGGAUGUAUUUUAUUAAUUAAUUUACCACAAAUAUUCACAUUUGUUAUUUAUAUUUUAGUAAAUAAAUAUUAUUUAAAAGAAUUUCAACAAUUAUGGCUAUGUCAAGCACAAGAAUUGGAUUCCACACAUAGAUUAUGGCAACGACGAACAUCAUUGGAAAAUGUAAUGACCAUUUCAUAUUUAAAUGACAAUUUUAUUGACAUCGAUUCAUAUAAUAAAGUUAAACUGGAAGUUUAA